CUAAGCUUUCUCUUGCCUUUUCAUUUGAAAGUCUGAGUCAAGACAGGAUUGUCUGUGCACUUUAGCAGGAAGUCUAUCUGUUUGGCUGGAGCUGCAUGUAAGCUUUUAUUUUCUUUUUUUUCUGAAAGCUUUCUAUUUUACAGACAGAAGCUUAAUGAACUGCUUUUACGUCCCUACAUGUCCACGGGCUGAUCUGUGACCUAAGAGCAAUUGUGUUUUGAGCUGAAAAGAUUUGAGACUACAGGCUCCUGUGUGUGUUCUAACCUCUGGGUGUCACUAUCAGUGUUUUAAACAUGACAACAGAUCUGGCCUUAGUCACUAUUGUCGUUCAGCUUCUUGCUGAUUUGGUGACAAGCGACAACAUCGACUUCUACAAUCUCAUGCCUGCUCUAGAAGCUUCCCCGUACCCCAACAGUUUCAAGUGCUUCACAUGUGAACAGGCCUCGGACAACUACAGCUGUAAUCGCUGGGCAGAGGAUGUUUGGUGCCCUCAAAAUACACAGUACUGUAUGACAAUACAUCACUUCAACCAUCAUGGAAAGACAAAGUUUGUUACCAAAAGAUGUGCAGUGCAUGAAGAAUGUCAGUUAACAGGCUGUAAACAUCACAAAAAUGGACACCAGAUUGAGUGUGUAUCUUGCUGUGAAGGGAUGGUUUGUAACAUAGAGCUGCCAACCAAUCACACUAAUGCAGUGUUUGCUCGGAGCCAAACCCACAGCUCUGUGACACCCACUUUCAGGACCUGGGAUUCUGUGUUUCUGCUCAUCCCAGUUCUCACUGGACUGUUACCAUUGUGAUACUCAUUCAUACGAACCUGUUCAGUGAUGAACAGUACACAAAAGAAUGAGUCAUUGCCACGGAAGCCAGAAUCCACCCUGGAAUAUCGCAUUCAUCUGUCAUGGGCAAAGUCUGCUGUGUGAAAGACUGCAAAUAAAAUGGAAAAACAUGAUUUGGACUCUGAAAAGAGACAGCCAGUCCGCCAAUGGUGGUAGUGCUGUAAUCAGAUUUCAAUCCGGAAUUUCUAUCAAUGGAAUACUAUUACUGGUUCCUAAGGAAAAAAGGCAUUUAGCAGCUAAAGGCAGUGGAUGUGACUUGAGAUGCUUAACUGGAUUUGUAUUGACCAAAUUAAGGCUCGAACUGAGCACUGAAAGCCUCUAUGUGGGUAGGACGGCCUUGCUUGAUGGCUCAGAUCCCAGAUUCUGUCAAACAACCCUAGCACAGCAAUGAGAAGGCAUGGAAUGUAUUGUUCUAGUUUUCUGAACAAUGCAGAAGUCUCUUAAAGAUAUCUUGAUUGCUGCAGAAAUAUCUCAAUGCUUUAAGAACAUGGACUAUUCUGCUCACUACAAUUGUACAGAGUGGUUAUCUGAGGUACCGUAGCCUUUCUGUCAGCUCGAACCUGUCUGACCUGUCUCCGUUGACCUCUCUCAUCAACAAGGCAUUUCUGUCCGCAGAACUGGAUGUUUUUCUGUUUUUGGCACCAUUCUGAGUAAACUCUAGAGACUGUUGUGUGUGAAAAUCCCAGGAGAUCAACAGUUACAGAAAUACUCAAACCAGCCCGUCUGGCACCACCAAUCAGGCCAUGGUCGAAAUCACUGAGAUCACAUUUUUUCCCCAUUCUGUUGGUUGAUGUGAACAUUAACUGAAGAUCCUGACCUGUAUUUGAAUGAUGUUAUGCAUUGCACUGCUGCCACAUGAUUGGCUUAUUUGAUAAUCGCAUGAAUAAGUAGGUGUACAGAUUUCCCUAAUUACGAGCUUUGUGAGUGUAUACACAACAGCAGGAAAAUACCUUUUAUUAUUUUUUAUUCAAAGCCUUUUGAAAAUGACCUUAUUUAACUUACAAUUUUAACUCAUGCACAAAUUGCAAUAUGCCAAAUUUUAUGUCCAUUUAUUAAGGUGCAGUCAUGUUUUCUUUCACAUGGCAAAAAUUCCAUGGGUGAAAAACAGUCAUCUCAAUCCAUGCAACUGUGAAUUUCGGGUGGAGUUAAAGUUUGGUGAACUUUGACAGGCCACUUUGACCAAUAGGAAAUUGCUUGCUUUGACAGUGACCUCUGUGUGGGUGGUUCUUCUUCCACAGCUACACUGAAUGUUCACAAUAGACAAUAGGUAUAACGGCUGCAGCAAGUUUCUUUUUAACUUCACUCUCCUAGAGUAUAAAGUGCAGCAUUAAAAAGAGCCAAUCAUUUUUUUGCUGGUUUCACACACGCUUAACAUCAGCCCUCGACGUUUUCAUUCACAGAAUUUAGCCAUGUAAUGGUAAACGUGACCCCGCCUUUACACUACUGACAUCUUCAUUUAAAAACGAUUUAAAACUUACCAAUUAAGCUGAAUUUGAAGUAAAAAAAUUGUUCUUUCAAAGGGAAUUCUAAUUUCUGUUUAAUUAUGCCAAAAUAGUCAGUGCAUAUUAAAAUGAAUAUGAAACAAAUUUGUUUGCAAAUAAACAAAAUUAAUAAAAACUAUUGCCGCAGACUAUAUCUCAAU